CACUGUUCCAACAUGUGACUUCUGUCAUUCCUGGUCUAUAGUUUCACAUUUUUCAGAUCAAGAGAGCUGGUUAACAAAACCUCAGAAGUACUAAGUGUGACCUGAAUGAACAGCACUGUUUCCUGUAACACCAAAUGAUGUGGUCACCAAAGGAAUGGAACACAGAAAAAGAGAACCUGUUAAUGGUCUGAUAUGAAUCUCCAAUCAAGUAUGGGAGCCACAUUUGAAUUAGAUGUUACAUGCACAUCCCUACCUUCCCCCAAUGUUCUCAGCACUGUGGUCACAAAUGUUAACAUUAUCAUCAGUGACAAAUUCCAGAGGAGUGGUCAAACAAAGCAAAAGGAAAAUAAGAUUGCCAAGACUGUUCCAACACACCAACUGAAUUAAGAAUUCCCAACUGCUCACCAGCUUCACUGAGGCUAGCGUUCUGCAGUAGAAAAUGAAGUGGAUGAAACACAGUAUUCUGUUAAGUUAAUUAAAAAGAAUUAUAUAUAUGGCAACAUCAAUCAUAAAGCUAUGGAAGAUGCCUGUUUCAUCUUCUUCUACAGUCAAUGUCUAUGUCAGAGUGCACAGAAACAGCCCCUAUCUUGUCUGCAUGGAUUUGUCUCUUUCACAAAGUGAAGUUAUAGACCCCAACUACCUAUGGGUUGGACCAAAUGGACAGACUCUAAAAAGAAAAAGCUAUGUGAACCUCACGGAAACUGGAAAGCUGAUGUUGCUUGGUUUUAAGGAGCACAUGUCUGGAUCUUAUACGUGCACACUUUCUUACAGAGUUUUUCAAAAUGACAUGCAAGCAGAAGAAGAAAGAUUCAAGACAUAUAAAUUUAUGGUUUAUGCAUAUCGAGAACCAGACUAUACCUAUCGUAUAUCGGUUCACUUUACAACCAAAGAGUGCAAACUAACAGCUAAUGGACAAUUCUUUGAAGAACUAAAGAAAAUCUUGAAUAAUCUGCUUGCUUAUCUGAAAUGCCACAUUGUCAAUCCAUCAUACAGGUGUUUUUCAGUCAAGCGACCCAAACAUGGACUGGUAGAUGAACUGUUCGUUGUUUUUCAAGUAGAUCCAUUUGCCCCUGGCUGGGAAGUUAUUUGCCGCCAAAUUACCUCUGACUGUGAAGACGUUACCAACAACCAUGUUCAAAAGGCCCGAGGGCUCAUCGAAGAGUUUUUCCACAAACAACAGUACAUCCUGAAACAUGAGUUUGUGAACAUCCCUGCAAUCCAUUACAUAGAUCACAGUUUCCAAGUAACUCGACUGGACAGCUGUCGCCCAGGGUUUGGGAAAAAUGACUUCACCCACAAUGACUGUGCAAAUUGCUGUGGAAUAAGAAAGCAAUGGCAAACCACCUCUGAAAAACCUUGCCAAGAAAACUGCAGGGGCUUGUCCAGGCAGUCACUGGGAAUCAGCAAUGACUCAAAGGCAAACACACACAAAAAAUUGCCUGUGACCCUGGGAGUUACAGCCCCAACAAUGACAUAGCCUGCCAGCCUUGCACAAGCAUCCGGAUUAAACACUAUGGAGCAAAAUCCUGCUAAAUAAAAUCAAAAUAGGAAAAGGGAGAA